UAUGACAUAAUCGCCAAGUUAACCGCGUAGAUUCUGUUUUUCAAAGCUGUUCUGAAUCGGAAAAAUUAUUAAACCCUGACUGAAACUCCGAGAGAGCCGUCAGUUAACUCGUGUUAUUAAAUAUACAAUUCAGUAUGUCUUACGCUAUGAUUCGACACUUACGUAGAACGACGUUGUUGUGUGAACAAUUAAGAACUGAAACUACCUUGACCAAUGUGACUCAAGAAGAAUUUCUAUUUCGACCUCCAGUGGCCCAAUGGAGCAAGGUGAUAAGAGAAGCAGAGAAGAUUGUUGGGUAUCCGACCUCCUUCAUGAAUUUGCGAUGGCUUCUAAGUGAUAAAUUCGCAAACCUGGCCAUGCACUUGCGAAAAAUUGUAGGGAGCAACCACCCAAUCAUGAAGACAGCUAAAACGGUGCUAUACAACGAACACAACAACUUGCAGCCUUGGGGACUGAUCAUCCUGUUACUUUCCAAAGCAGUCAGUUCACCUACAUACUCCAUAGAAGCUACCACUUUGAUAGAACAACAACGUAUGUUAGCUGAGCUAACAGAAAUGAUACGCACCGGACAUUACAUACACAAAGGCUUACUCAACAUACCGUUAGAAGAACGGGACAAGACCAAAGAAACGUCGAUAUUCGCCAACAAAAUUGCCAUUUUGAUUGGAGACUAUUUAUUAGUUACAGCAAACGGUAUGCUCGCACGUUUGAAGAAUCAAGAUCUGUCGUAUCUAAUAUCGACAGCUUUACGCGAUCUGAGUGAAGGAGAAUUCUAUGGGCCGCGAGAUCUUCAAAAUAUGCCGUUACCGGGAAAACCUGUGAAGAAGAAUGAUGAUAGUUUCAAAAUCAGUGCUGAUACAAUACCUUUAGAUGUGAAAGACGUGUUAGGAUCGCCAGUAAAGGAAUGGACUUUACGAACAAUGUAUAAUGGUGGGUCUUUAUUCGGUAGGGGUUGUGAAGGUGCAUUACUGUUAGGUGGUAGGAGUGAUUCUGAUCAGAAAAAGGCAUAUCUGUUCGGUUGUCACCUAUGUUUAGCGUGGCAGGCUGCGAGCGAACUACAAAAGUUCACGUCGACAAAUAAAGAACCCUUUUCUCUAGUCAGCGCGCCCGUCUUGUUUGCAUUGAAUAAUACACCAAAAUUAUAUGACGGCUUAAAAAACAUUACUAAAGUCUCAACGAUAGAUUUCGAGGAGUUGAAAUUGAGGAUAUUAGAAACAGAUGCGAUAGAACAAACCAAAUCUUUAUUUGAACAACACGCAGAAAAAGCUAAGAGUUACGUAGAAAUGUUUGGCGAUAAUCCAUCAGUUAGCACAAUAAAGAGGUUAAUAAAAACUUUAUAAUAGUAGGUAGUAGUAAUUGCUAGUGCUAGUUAUUUUGUAUUAUUUAAUAGUAUUGUCUUUAUUGUACUGUCUUUUAGAAAAAGAUGACACUACUUUGGUACCAUCCUAAACCUAAAUUAUAUUUCACUUAAGAUCGACAAAGUGUGACAUAAUUUUUUUUUAAUUAAUUUUUUUUUCUCUGUAGAUAUAUGUGGUAGGAUGACCGUCAAUUUGUGAAUUUUGUACAGUUUAGGCAUAAAUAUUCUGUGUUUCCUAGUUCCUACAACUUAAUAGGUAUCUUUAUUGAAUAGGCAUUAUCUCGCAUUAUAAUCACACUUACCAUCUAGUGAGAUCAUUGAUUGUCACGAUCUCCAAGUAUCCACAAGUCCGAGUAUAUUGUGAUGUAUGCAUAAAAAGCUACGAUUUGUUGGUUUAAAUACAAUAUAUAUGUUACCAGUUACUUUUAUCUUAUAAGUAGGUAAGUAUCUAACUUAAUCGCGUUCAUUUCGUAUUAUUAUUCCAAAGAAGUAGAUAUUUUUAUACAAAUUGCUCUUAUAAUAUUUUUCAGUAGGUUAUUGAAAUGUCUGAUAUUGUUGUUGUAAUGUAAGGUUUAGGGUUUAUACUAGUUCUGUUUUAAGUUCUGUAAUUUAAAUAAACCAGAAUCACCUGAUUUUUCAGUACCUACCUAUGCGAUUUAUAUGAUUUUGUUUGUUGUCUUUUUUAGUUGUAAUUUCCUGUUAAUUGUUAAAGAAUUUUAAAAACAAGGAACAGUGAAAAUAAACUAUUACAUUGUUUAUUCGGUUUUACGCCCUAAUAUUGUCUUGGGGCACGUUGAGAUAAUGAUUAUUAAAACAUUCACCCUUAUAUUGGAAGAUCCGAAUUAGAAACGAUCUUCACACAUCUGUUUAAUAAAUAAAAAGUACGUUAAAAAUAUGUUGCGAGUAGGUUGCCUAAAAAUCUCCUGGUCAAACUAUCAUUAUUGAUAAUUAAUAAUAAGUAAUAAUAGUUUGGCCAGGAGAAUUUUAGUGAGGGUCGUUUCUAAUACGAACCUUAGACUUUAUGAAUCCCAGCCCACAUUGCUACUCGGGCUGCCGUGAUGUAGUUUUACCCUAGCCAAGCGGUGCGUCGAUUCUCUGUCUACGAUCGCUAACGACAGGUCACGUGAUCAACAUCUGUACUUGGGAAAACUUGAUUAUCUCCAUAUAUAAUUUUAUGUAAUGUUUGCUUUUUUAAAGAAUAUUUUUUUAAAGAAAUAACAGUUUGGUAUAUACCAAUCACCAUUUUCGAAAACGUAAACAGAAUUGGUAUCAUUAAAAAUGUAUUCUGUAGGUACAAUGAUAUUAAUUUGGGUAGAUAGUUAUAAUAAGUAUAUGUGAUAGAUUAUUUUACAGAUAGGUAAUUAUUAUUAAAUGUAUUAAUUAAAUAAAUGAGAGCAAAAUAUCAUGGAUACAGGUACUUAUAAUAAUUAUUCAAUCCAAUAAAAACGCGGGCAAUACAUAUUAUUAAUAUUUUAAUCCAUAUAUUAUUCAUAAACAUUUUCGUUGUGAUAUUUUUUUAAUUUUUAAAUAAGGUAGGUAGAUACUCGUAGAUUGUUGUGUUUUCAAUAAAAAUCUAUUUGAAGUUUUAAA